AUGUAUCAAGCUAGUAAAAGAUUGCAGGCAAUUCGCCGACAACUGAAACAAAUGGAUGAACAGUAUAGAAAUGCUAUAGAUGAAUUUGAACCUGUAACAACAGCAGAAUCGCAAGUCUGUUCUGAGAAAAGGAUUGAUAAUGCACAUAAGAUUGAUGAAGCUAGAGGUUCCAGUGUUGGCUACUCUACUGCUAUGAAUGUUGACAGCCAAGAAGAACAGGUAUCUAGCAGCAUGAAUAUCGGAGCGGAUCUAGAAUGUUUCGUGGAUUGUUCCAGCAGUGAAGUUGCUGGAAUCCCCCUGUCAGAAGAGCUUCGGUGCGCAAUUUCAAACAUGGAGGACCUAGACGACGUAGAAAAUCUAAUAGGUAACAUGAUGAGCUCUGUACAGGUCGACACAUCUUAUGACGAGGACCUGGAAUCGGUAGUGGAACAAACAGGUAGUUUAGUGAAUGCCUCCAGCACUGAUAUUCAUCAUACGUCUGACCCAAACAAUGAAGUUGAGAAUCCUGCACAAGGAAAUAGAAUGUUCAGUUCAAUCAGAGAGGAGGAAAAUUGGAAGAAAGAAAGAAAAAAGAAGGACAACCAUAAUAUUAUUGAAAGGCGGCGUCGAUAUAACAUAAACGACAGAAUCAAGGAACUGGCCACUCUUCUUCCAGCAAGCAUUCCUCAUGACCUAAAGCAAAAUAAAGGGUCCAUUUUGAAAGCAUCGGUGGAAUAUAUGAAGGAACUCAUGAAGGACAAGCACGCUUUGAAAAAGUUGGAGGAAAACCAAAAGGCCAUGAAUUUAAAAUAUCAAAAACUGCUCAUCAAAAUUUUUCAACUGGAAUUAAAAUUGAAAUUGUAUGGCCUAUCGGAGGAUUUGGAACAUUCCAGGGUCAAAAAGAAAAAGAAGCCACAGAAACGUAUAUCUGAAAUAAACACUAUGGUAGAAGACCUUGUCAAACAAGGCAUGCCAGAAUUACUCGAACAGACUCCAAAUAUUUCAAUACCCCCUUGCAAGAAGACCAAGAACGAAGGUUGGCUGAGCAAUGACGACCAAAAGGUCAUUCCAUCAGUAAAGAUAGGUUUACGACAACACCUGAACAAGAGAAUGUCUACAGGAGGGCAAAUCUGUCAACAAACUAAUGACAACAUGUUUUAUGUUAAAUCCACUAAUGCUCAGCAUUUACAAAAACAGAAAAAAGAAAAAAUCUCCGCGCCAUCUCAUUCUUUUGACAGAAGCACAGAUAGAGCUGAUGAACUUCAUGACUCCGUAUCAUUUGAGUAUAUACUAAAGAAGGACAGUGUCAACAAUUCCGGUGGAAACGAUGAGGAAGAAAUCCUGGAAUUGUCAACAGAACAAUGCAGCAUCUUGCUUGAUCUGUUCGAAAACAACCCAAGCGGAAAAGCACCUGAAUUGAAUACGGAUUGUUUGUCUAAUCCGGACAAUGCUUCAGCUAGGGAAGAGUGCAUAUCGCCAUUAACUUCAACGUGCAACAUGUUGGAAAGUUUGCUGAGAAAGCAAGAUGUGGUGCCCGAAUGUAGCUCCAAAUCUAGUGGUCUGGAGGAUUCCACCGAGAGCAUGACGGGACUGCGUUAG